GGGGAGUCGGCCGCGGCGGCCGGGGCCGGGACGAUGACUCUGGAGUCCAUGAUGGCGUGUUGCCUGAGCGAUGAGGUGAAGGAGUCCAAGCGGAUCAACGCCGAGAUCGAGAAGCAGCUGCGGCGGGACAAGCGCGACGCCCGGCGCGAGCUCAAGCUGCUGCUGCUCGGCACGGGCGAGAGCGGGAAGAGCACCUUCAUCAAGCAGAUGCGCAUCAUCCAUGGCGCCGGCUACUCGGAGGAGGACAAGCGCAGCUUCACCAAGCUCGUCUACCAGAACAUCUUCACCGCCAUGCAGGCCAUGAUCCGGGCCAUGGAGACGCUCAAGAUCCUCUACAAGUACGAGCAGAACAAGGCCAAUGCACUCCUGAUCCGGGAGGUGGAUGUGGAGAAGGUGACCACCUUCGAGCAUCAGUACGUCAGCGCCAUCAAGACCCUGUGGGACGACCCCGGCAUCCAGGAGUGCUACGACCGCAGGCGCGAGUACCAGCUCUCCGACUCUGCCAAGUACUACCUGACCGACGUGGACCGCAUCGCAACCUCGGGCUACCUGCCCACCCAGCAGGACGUGCUGCGGGUCCGCGUGCCCACCACCGGCAUCAUCGAGUACCCUUUCGACCUGGAGAACAUCAUCUUCAGGAUGGUGGAUGUGGGCGGCCAGCGGUCGGAGCGGAGGAAGUGGAUCCACUGCUUUGAGAACGUGACAUCCAUCAUGUUUCUCGUCGCCCUCAGCGAAUACGACCAAGUCCUGGUGGAGUCGGACAAUGAGAACCGGAUGGAGGAGAGCAAAGCCCUGUUCCGGACCAUCAUCACCUACCCCUGGUUCCAGAACUCCUCCGUCAUCCUGUUCCUCAACAAGAAGGACCUGUUGGAGGACAAGAUCCUAUACUCGCACCUGGUGGACUACUUCCCCGAGUUCGACGGGCCCCAGCGGGACGCUCAGGCGGCGCGGGAGUUCAUCCUGAAGAUGUUCGUGGACCUGAACCCCGACAGCGACAAGAUCAUCUACUCACACUUCACGUGUGCCACCGACACGGAGAACAUCCGCUUCGUGUUCGCGGCCGUGAAGGACACCAUCCUGCAGCUCAACCUCAAGGAGUACAACCUGGUCUGAGCGCCCAGGCCCGGGGAGACAGGACGGAGACACGGGGCAGGACCUGCCUUCCACGGCGCCCGCGGCUGCCGGGCGGGUGGCGCUGCCGAGCCUGGGCCGGGGCCUCUGCCCGCGGGAGGAGUUUUUCUUUUUUUUUUCAUAUUUUUAACAAAUGGUUUUUAUUUCACAGUUGUCAGGGGAUGUACAUCUCUCCCUCCGCACACGUCGCACACCUUCUCACCUUCUGUCAGCGGCAAAGCAGCCUUUUUCUGGCCUUGACUUACGG